AACAAUCAUGGCGUCCGGGUUUGAAAGCGAGCGGGUCUUAGCGGCGCGUAAGGAGGAGAGGCGUCGCCAGCUCGAGGCGCUGCUGCAGCAGGCAAAAGCUAAUUAUGAAAAAGAUGAAAGACUCAAGGAACUGAAGCGAUUGCGAGGGGAAGAUACAUGGAUGCUGAAUAAUGUGAACGAGCGUUUAGAAGAACUGGAAAAGGAACAUUCUGUUACAAAGAAGAAAAAGCAUUCAAAAAAACAUAAAAGAGAAAAGAAGAGGAAAAAGACUAAAAGAGAAAAAAAAGAUGAUUCAUCUGAUACCAGCUCUGGUUCUUCAGAAGAAUGGAUGGAAGCUCCUGUUGCACAGCCUUCUGGCACUGAGCAGUCUUGGAAGGUGAAGAAAGAACAGUCUAAAGAAGGAACAAUGGAACAUCCUACAUCAGUUCAGAGGGAUGAGUGGAUGACCUUAGAUUUUAUGUCUAUGAAAACAUUGUCUUCAGCAUCACUGAAGGCUGAAAAGCAGAAGGAAAAAAUAUUGGAGCAACAGAAAGCCCAGGAAAAUGAACAGUUGCUGCUUUCAGAAAGAGAGCUAAACCCAUAUUGGAAAGAGGGUGGUACAGGCUUACCACCAGAUGAACUAUCAACAUCAGUAAAAGUAACAGCAGUUGAAGAUGGUGGAUUAAGCUGGCUAAAGAAAUCCCACCAGAGAAUGAAGGAGCAAUCUAAGAGAGAAAAACGGGACUUGGAAGAAAUUGUAGCUGAAAGAUAUGGGUCAGUGGAGCUAUUUCAGUCAAAGUUAAAAGAAGCUGAGACAGCUGCGAUCCAAAAAGAAAAUGUUAGUAGAAGACACUGGCAAAAAUAUAAAUAUUCAGAAAGCAAGCAUACUUUGAGGGAUGGCCAAGAGAAGCAAGAGGAAAACAACCCAGAAAAGCUUUCAUAUGAAGAACAACCUAAAGAGAAAAAUCGUAAAGUAUAUUCUGAGGAACAGAGAAAUUACAGUAGAAGUGGACUGAGAGAAACUGAAGAAUCAACGCCAAAUAACAAGGAAUCGACAGUAGCAGACUUAACUUACAGAACCAGAAAAGAUCCUCAUCAAUUAAAACAUUAUGAGAAACCUUUUUCAAGCCCGGUGAAAGCUGCAUUUCUGAAACCUAACAAUGAUGGUGAUGAUGGAGGCAGACAGCAGAGAACUCCAUCCCAAUUACUGACUCCUAGUUGUAUGAGCGGUGGUUUCUGGAAGCCCAGUGAUGAUGCCGAUGCUGUCCCAAGAUGGCGCAAAGCACAACCUAAGGAUGAAACUGGAAAAACAGCCCUAAAUGAAAAACCAUCCACAACUAAUAUGGCUGUUACCAGCAGGGAAGAAGAGCCAAAAGAGAAAGGGGAAGAUACCUCAGGAACUGCAGUGGAAAAAAAAAAGCCAUUGGACAGUAAACCAUCAUGUUUCGGAUCUGUUUCAGAGGAUGAGAGUCUUCACAUUCUCAGUGAUGAGGAAAUGAACAAACUGGGAGCCAGGAUUGUAAAAGCAGAACUGUUGGGAAACAAGGAUUUAGCUGCCAAACUUCAGUCUCAGCUGGAUAAGGCACGCAAGCUAAAAAACAGUGGAACACAAGCUAAAGCUAGAAAAUCUGAUGAGACAACAGGUUUUCAAGAAGAUCGUGAAGUGAUCCUGGUCAGAACUGAUAAAUCUGGCAGAGCAUGGCCUGUUAAUAUUCCAGAAGAAACAUUGGAUCAUGUAGGCAGAAAGAAGAAGAAUCCAGUGAUCCCCACUCACGUGGAUAAGGAAAGAGUCCGAUAUUUUCAAGAUGAUGAUAAUUUGGACCUGAAGGAUUUGAUGAGGAAUGAAAAGAUGAGAACAUCGGAGGAUCAAAAUAAGCUUUUCAUGAGGAUGGCAUCAAAGUUUUCAGACAAAACUGAUAGAGAUUAUUACACUCUGGAUGACGUGUUUGUUUCUGAAGCAGCAAAGGGGGAGAAAAGUGGAAAAGAGGAGGAAAGGCAGAGAAAACAAGCGAUCCGUGAGCAUCAACGACUUGCUGCAUGCAUGGAAAAAUGCCCUCAUUGCUUUGGCAGCCCUGAACUUCCUAAACACCUAAUCAUUGCAAUUGGUAACAAGGUGUACUUAUCCUUGCCAAGGUACCAGUCUCUUACUGAAGGCCAUUGCCUGAUCAUCCCUAUGCAGCAUUACACUGCUGCCACACUUUUAGAUGAAGACAUUUGGGAAGAAAUUCAGGUAUUCCGGAAAACGUUGGUAAAGAUGUUUGAAGCUCAAGAACUGGAUUGCGUUUUUCUGGAGACAAAUUUUAGUAUAAAUAAGCCAUAUCACAUGGUGUAUGAAUGUAUUCCUCUCCCAAAGGAAGUGGGGGAUAUGGCUCCCAUCUACUUCAAGAAAGCUAUAAUGGAAUCAGAUGAAGAGUGGGCCAUGAAUAAAAAGCUGAUUAAUCUAGGCUCAAAAGAUGUUCGCAAAUCGGUGCCAAGGGGUUUGCCUUACUUCUCUGUAGACUUUGGCCUCCAAGGUGGUUUUGCUCAUGUCAUUGAAGAUCAAUACAAGUUCCCUCUUUACUUUGGAAAGGAAAUAAUUGGUGGCAUGCUAGAUUUGGAGCCACGGCUUUGGAGAAAAGGACUACGAGAAAAUUUUGAAGACCAGAGGAAGAAGGUGCUGCAUUUUGCUCAGAAAUGGAAACCUUAUGACUUCACUAAAAGUAAAGAGUGAAAAUAUACAGCAGAUGCUGAUAUGUUCAAUCACUGGAAAGCUAAUGAACCAUCACAAUAUAUAAAAUCCUUUGUAUAGAAGGACUCACGUUGAAAAUAAUAAAGAUGUUUUCUACAGUGAACACUGAGAGGCAAAAUAGUAUUUUAAGGAAGACAAAAAAUGGAUUGAAGCUAAGAUAUUCCAGUUAUGUACAAAUCAUGUUCAGAUGUACAUACAUGUUUGAAGAAAAUGUGAAGUCCUUAAUUUGAUUGAUGAUGAGUGUGUUUUGUUAGCAAUAUUCCUGCCUUAUAUUCUUCAAUAUAUCCCUGUUUUAUAUUGUAUAUAAUCCUAGCUUGUCUUGGUAGAUGACAACGUAGUGAAGGAUUUUUUUAAAUACUCAAAAUGGUGAUCUUUUUAAUGCUGUACAUUUAAAGUUUUUAAAAAUAUUCUGUUAAAAUGUUGACAAUUUGGGGAGAUUUGGUCUGAGGCACAGUACUGCGGUUUAAAAGAAAACUGAAGUAAAGUAAAUUCAGUUGAACGUAA